GAGAGUCGAGCUCCAGGGCACCGGACGACUGAGAUGGGUGUAAACUACCGCCUCCCCCAAUUUAGGCAUCGUUGGGCGGUGGGAGAGGGCAAACCGAAUAGCGGUCUCCACCCGGAUCCCUUUCCGGGGCACCGCUCCUGGAGGGGGCCUCCCAUCAGCUGACUGCAGCCUCGGCCCCGCCCUCGGACACGCCCCUGCGCGAUGGCCCCGCCCACCCCAAACACUGGCCCCGCCCCGCGCUCCGGGCUAUCCCGGGCUCGCGGCUAGCGGGAGGCCCCGCCCCUACAGUCCACCUCUUAGGGGCCGCUUGGCCGCGGCGGGCUGGCCGGGUGGUCGCCAGGCCACUCUCCCUGCUGGCGGCCGCGACUUGGUGACUUCCCUGGAGGCUCUGGCCAGGACUCAACAGCGACAGCGGCGCGUUGAGGACUUUGCCCAGCGCGGGGGGGCUGGAGUGGACUCGCGUCCAAGGGCAGGCCCCAAGAUGUUGGCCCUGGCGGCCAGGACCGCGCCCAGGCAAGUGUCUGUCCCUUUCUGGGCUCCCCUCGGCCCCGGGUAGCACAGUUAGGCUUUAGCGCCCCGGCCCGAGGCAGACAGGGCUCAGAGCCUCCGUCCCGCCAUGGAGGACGGGCAGAAGGAGCAGGUGCGGCCCCCGGGCCUCCUCAAGCCCGCCUCCCUCAUGAAGACGCCCGGCCGCUUCCAGGCCCACCAGGACGCGCUGCCCCGCUUGCCCGUGCCCCCGCUGCGGCAGACCCUGGACCACUACCUCAAGGCCCUGCAGCCCAUCGUGAGCCACGAGGAGUGGGCCCAGACCAAGCAGCUGGCCGAGGAGUUCCAGGCCGCGGGGGGCGUCGGCGAGCGGCUGCAGAGGGGGCUGGAGCGUCGGGCCAAGAAGUCCGAGAACUGGCUGUCCGACUGGUGGCUGCAGACGGCCUAUCUCCAGUACCGCCAGCCCGUGGUCAUCUACUCCAACCCCGGCCUGCUGCUGCCCAAGCAGGAUUUUGUGGACCUGCAGGGCCAGCUACGGUUCGCCGCCAAAGUCAUUGAGGGGGUUCUGGAUUUCAAGUUCAUGAUUGACAACGAGACCCUGCCGGUGGAGUACCUGGGGGGCAAGCCGCUGUGCAUGAACCAGUACUACCAGAUCCUGUCGUCCUGCCGUGUGCCCGGCCCCAAGCAGGACUCCGUGGUGAACUUCUGCCGCGCCAAGAAGCCGCCCACUCACAUCACCGUGGUGCACAACUACCAAUUUUUCCAGCUGGAUGUGUACCACAGCGACGGGACCCCCCUCACGGCCCAGCAGCUCUUCGUGCAGCUGGAGAAGAUCUGGAACUCCUCCCUGCAGGCCAACAAGGAGCCCGUGGGCAUCCUCACCUCCAACCACCGCAACUCCUGGGCCAGCGCCUACAACAUCCUCAUCAAAGACAAGGUGAACCGGGACUCCGUGCGCUGCAUCCAGCAGAGCAUCUUCACCGUGUGCCUGGACGCGCCCAUGCCCCGCGUGCCCGACGCCGCCUACCGCAGCCACGUGGCCGGGCAGAUGCUGCACGGGGGCGGCGGGCAGCUCAACAGCGGCAACCGCUGGUUCGACAAGACGCUGCAGUUCAUCGUGGCCGAGGACGGCUCCUGCGGGCUGGUGUACGAGCACGCGGCCGCCGAGGGCCCCCCCAUCAUCUCCCUCCUGGACCACGUCAUGGAGUUCACGAAGAAGCCCGAUCAGCGGCCGUCGGCCAUGGUGCCCCUGCCCAUGCCCAAGAAACUGCGCUUCAACAUCACCCCCGAGAUCAAGAACGAGAUCGAGAAGGCGAAGCAGAACCUCAGCAUCAUGAUCCAGGACCUGGAAAUGAACAUGCUCAUGUUUCCCCACUUCGGCAAGGAUUUCCCCAAGUCGCAAAGCCUGAGCCCCGACUCCUUCAUCCAGAUGGCACUGCAGCUUGCCUACUACAGGAUCUACGGGCAGGCCUGUGCCACCUACGAGAGCGCGUCCCUGCGCAUGUUCCACCUGGGCCGCACCGACACCAUCCGCUCGGCCUCCAUGGAGUCGCUGGCCUUCGUCCGGGCCAUGGAUGACAUCAGCGUGACGGAGCUGCAGAAGGUGGAUCUCCUGCGGAAGGCGGUGCAGGCCCACCGCGCCUACACAGACCGGGCCAUCCGCGGGGAGGCCUUUGACCGCCACCUCCUGGGCCUGAAGCUGCAAGCCGUGGAGGACCUGGUGAGCCUGCCGGACCUCUUCAUGGACCCGUCCUACGCUGUCGCCAUGCAUUUCAACCUCUCCACCAGCCAGGUCCCCUCCAAGACGGACUGCGUCAUGUUCUUCGGGCCCGUGGUGCCCGACGGCUACGGCGUCUGUUACAACCCCCGGGAGACCCACGUCAACUUCUCCGUGUCGGCCUACAACAGCUGCGCCGAGACCAGCGCCGGCCGCCUGGCCCAGCAGCUGGAGCAGGCGCUACUGGACAUGCGGGCGCUGCUGCAGGACUACCCCCGGGCCAAGCUCUGAGCCUGGCGCGGCGACCGGACCCAGCAGCCGCGCCUGCGGCAUGCGGCACAUCACGCCUCCUGUGCGGGGCGGCCCCAGCCCUGGCGGAAGCCCCUGUCGGGACCCAGCAGGACGCCAGCCCGGCUCUGCAGGGCAGGAAGGGCGUGUCCCCGCCCGGCCCGCCCCGCUGUGGACCGUCCCUGCGGCGGGUGCCGUCAGACCCGGGUCUGCGCCCCGACGCUCCCAGGCCCUAGAGACUGAGCUGGAAGCUGGGGGCUGAGAGGCCCGGGUCCCUGGCGUGCUGCCCGGGGAUGCCCCAGACUCACCCCCACCCGGGGAGGGCAGCCCUGCCCGCCACUCCUGGCCGUCCCAGAGCACAGUGUGUGACGGGGCAGCACGGAGCCAAUAAAGGCAGUGGCCAGUGGCCGGA